AGCUCCGAGGAGCAGCAGACAUGGAGCUCUGAGACUCUGAGACUCCCCCGAUACCCUCACCCACAGGAGACCCUCACCCACAGGAGACCUUCACCCACAGAAGACUCUCGUCUACAGAAAGGUUGAGAGGAAGUGAGGAUAUUAAGGAUGGCAGAGCCUCUGUUGAGAAGGACGUUCUCCAGACUGAGAGGACGAGAGAGGAGGAGCGACAAGCUGAGCGAACCGCCCACUACCUCUCUGACCAUCAGCCCCCCCCCAGCGUUGGACCCCCCCUCCCCCCCACAUCACCACAUCACGGUUGCUAAGAUACAGUCGUGGGCGCGGCAGGGCUCUGUGGGUGCGCCCCCCUCCCUGCAGACAGGCUCCACCCCCAGGACCUCCCCAGGUGUGUCCCAGCAUGCACCUGGAUGGAGUCAGAUUCUCCAGGAUCAGAAGGAGUCCUGUGGGGGGGGUUUGUAUGGAGGCCCCGCCCCCUGUCUACCUGUCAGUCACCCCCCUGUCCUGCAGGACCCCACCCCCCCAGCCGGGGGCUCCACAGACGGACAGCGGUCCUACCUGCAGAGCCUGGAGCGCAGCAGCCGGGCCUGGGUUCUGUCCUCAGGAAAGGCCCAGGCUCCGGAGGCCCGAGGACCACAACAUGAGGGGGGUGGCAACAUCUGGUACAACCCCAUUCCCGAGGAAGACGGGGAGGGAGGACCACGCCCUAAGGGGGGGGAGGUGUGGAGGAGGAGGGAGGAACUGGGGGGGGGCAAGGCUUCAGAAACUCCAGCAGAGGGAGCAAACCCGAGAGUUAGCCACCAGACUGAUGACAUCACAGAGCACACAGACUCUAACCCUACCUCCACGAAGAAAGGUGGCAUAUCAAGCAGUGUGAUUGACAGGCUGAGGUCUCCAGGUACGGUGAGGAAACUCUCCAUGAAGAUGAAGAAACUUCCGGAGCUCCGGCGCAAACUCAGCCUCCGUUCGACGCGUGUCCGGGGAGGCGACAGAGGGACGUUGGGCGACGAGUCGACCAGUAAAAGCACAGCAUUGGCUGCAUCAAAUCAGAACGUGAUCAGCAGAUAUCACUUGGACAGCUGCCCCCCACUCCGCCCCCUACGGAGGUCAUCGAGAGCGUGCUCUGCCAAGGGAGGUUACCUUAGCGACGGGGACUCACCCGAGCUGCUGCCACGGCAACAGGCCCUUCUCCUCACCUCCUCACAGGAGACAUGUGACGUCAGCUCGUUCCAGAUGUACUCAGGCAUCGAACCGCCGAGAAACAGCCAGCGGGUCACAGGGUUACUGACCGUCCACCUGCUGGGGCUGGAGGAGCUGAAGAGCAGCAGGUGUUCAGGCAGUAAGCAGGUGUUCCUGGCGAUCCAGGUAGACGGAGUAACCAGAGCCAGGACGUCUCUGCUGACUCUCAGAGGCUCCGCCCUCCCUCUGAACCACGCCUUCCACUUGCAGCUGGAGAGAGCCAGACUGCUGCGCCUCCUGCUGCUCACUCCAGCACCUCCUGCAGGAGGACCAUCAGCCGGCCCCAACAGGAACAGGGUCUGUGCCCUAGGGGGGGUCUGCAUCCCCCCGCUCUUUAGAGGGAGUCGCAGUCAGCAGCUGUGUGUGAAGCUGGAGCCUCGAGGACUGAUCUACCUGAAGCUGUCUCUGCAUGAGAACUGGGACAACCAGUCCUGUAGUGUGUCCUCUGGUCCGGCUAAUGUCUUCGGGGUGGAUCUGCACCACCUGGUGGAGAAAGAAGGCUCUUCCCCCCCCAUCCCCCUGCUCAUCCAGAAGUGUGUUGCUGAGAUCGAGCGCAGAGGACUCAAGAUGGUGGGUCUGUACCGGCUCUGUGGUUCUGCCUCAGUAAAGAAGGAUCUGAGGGAAUGGUUUGAGAGGAACAGCUCAGCAGUCUGUCUCAGUGAGGAACUGUACCCGGAUAUCAAUGUCCUUACAGGUAUCUUGAAAGACUACCUGCGGGAGCUGCCCUCCCCCCUCAUCACCUGCUCUUUGUACCAGGUGGUGAGGGAGGCCAUGACCCUGCAGACCCCCCCGGCUCCCCCGAACACCUCGGACCCCGAGCUGAACCGGAGAACUGUGGAGCUGCUGACCUGUCUGCCACUCCCUGAGAGGGCCACCCUUUCAUUGCUGCUUGACCACCUGAGCCUGGUGGCCUCCCUCAGCUCCUGGAACAGGAUGACCCACCAGAACCUGGCAGUCUGCUUCGGUCCGGUGCUGCUCACCCCCACCCAGGAGGCCUGGAGGGUGGGGGGAGGCAGGGGAGGUAGAGGGGGGGGAAAGGCGUUCGGUGAGGAGAUGGCUAGCGCUGUGAACUUUAAGAGACACAUCGAGGCUCUGCAUCACCUGCUGCAGUUGUGGCCAGUGCCGACCAAUCGAGUCCCAUCAGACGACCACAGAGACACCUCCCCCCCUCCCUCUCCUGGCCUUACCCAGAACCCCCUGCGGCAGAAGCAGCCUCGGCUUCCUGCUCUGCAAUUGGUUCAGAGCCCCGAACAGGAAGUGGUGUCACGCCGCGGUCGGGACGCCCGGUUGGAGAGUCCGCCGCCAAUCAACCGGUACGCCGGAGACUGGAGCGUCUGUGGGCGGGACAUCCUGUCUGGACAGGAAGCCGACUAUGACGAGGUGGCAGGAAGUGACAGCGACGCAGGCAGCGGUGAUGAAGAGGAGGAGAAGAAGGGCUCCUGGUCUUCAUCAGCAGGAGGGGCAGGUCUAUAUGUGGACGAGUUCCAGGAUUUUGACGCUCCGUUCAACUGUCGCCUCAGUCUGAAGGAUUUCGACACUCUGAUCCUUGACCUGGACCGAGAGCUGGCCAAACAGAUCAACAUCUGCCUGUAAUGGAGAGGAGGAGGAGGAGGA